GCCUCUCAAUCACUCUCUCACUCUCUCACUCUCUCAGACUUCUCUCGCCGAGUCGCCGCCGUCGCCAGACUCUCACUCAGUCUCUCAGCACCUCUUGCCGGACUCGCCCUCCUUUGAGUCCUCUCCUCCUCUUGCUGUUGUCUCUCCUCCUCUCGCGGUCUCGCCGACUCGCCCUCCUCUCGCUCUCUCUGUCUCUCAGUCGCUCUCCACUCCAGGCCUCUCCCUCCCCGCCCUCUCUCUCGCCGGACUCGCCCUCCUCUCCUCCUCUCGGGAAAAUGGCUGGAACAAUGUCUUCUUCUGCGUCUAAUGCGACAUCAGAGAUGGAUCGACGAGAGUCAUUGAAGCGUAAUUCAAGUGAUGUUGGGUGGGAGUACGGGAUGUUGAUUGAUCCAAAGAGAUUAGAUAGAAUAAAGUGUAAGAUGUGUGACCACGAGAUGUCUGGUGGAAUUCAUCGUUUCAAGCAGCAUGUUGUCGGAAUCAAGGGCCAAGUGGCACCAUGUCCGAAGGCUUCGGCAGAGGCUAAAACCAAAUGCAGGAUUGCUCUUGCGGAGUCAAAGGCUAAGAAGAUACAAAAGACUGCACAUGAAGAAGAAGUGAGGCAAGAUGUUGUUAUUCUUGAAGGGGCUGAAGAUGAGGAAGCAAGUCAAGGGACAAGAAGACAGCCACAUAGCCUUGGGCCUAUGGACAAGUAUGCUAACAAAAUUAAUCCCAAUGUUGCAUUGAGUGGAAGCAAGAAUACAAGACAACAAAAUAUCCAUGAUACACUUUUCAAGGAACGAACACAUAGUGUGCAUCAAUUUUUGGCAAGAUGGGUGUAUGAAGUUGGAAUUCCUUUUCAUGCUAUUGAUAAUGAUAGCUUCAAGAGGUUUGUAGAAGCGGUUGGUCAAUUUGGUCCGGGUUACCGACCUCCAAGCCAAUAUUUAUUAAGAGAGCCGUUAUUGAAGGAAGAGGUAGAUAGAACUAAGAGUUUGUUGAAGGCCCAAGAACAAGAGUGGGCUUUAAAUGGUUGCUCUAUUAUGACCGAUGCUUGGAGUGACCGAAAAAGAAGAAGUAUUAUGAAUUUGUGUGUCAAUUGCAAGGAAGGCACAACUUUUCUCUCUUCUAAGGAGGCAUCGAAUGAUUCACACACCGGGGCUUACAUUUUUGAAUAUGUGGACAAGGGUAUUGAAGUAGUUGGGCCACAAAACGUGGUUCAAGUGGUGACGGACAAUGCUUCAAAUAAUAUGGCGGCGGGAGAGUUGAUGAAGGUGAAGAGGCCAAACAUAUUUUGGACCUCAUGUGCAACUCAUACCUUGAACCUUAUGCUUCAAGGAAUUGGCAACCUACCUAGAUUCAAAGGAGUGAUUGAGAAGGCAAAGAGCUUCACCAUCUACAUUUAUGCACAUCACAAGACUUUGGCAUUAAUGAGAAAGUAUACAAAGAAAAGAGACAUAGUGAGGCCGGGAGUUACAAGAUUUGCAACCGCUUUCCUCACUUUACAAAGCUUGAUGGAGAAGAAGAAUGAGUUGAGAGCUAUGAUUACUAGUAGUGAAUGGAGUGAAACCAAGCAUGCAAAGAGUGUAAAGGGGAAGGCGGCCAUGAAUAUUGCUUUGAGUGCUUCUUUUUGGAAUGGGGUAACUCUUUGUUUAAAAGUUUUUGCUCCUUUAGUCAAGGUGUUGCGAAUUGUUGAUGGGGAUAGAAAGCCAUCAAUGAGCUUUGUGUAUGGAGAGCUAAUUAGUGCUAAAGAGGAGAUUAAAAGGGUAUUCAAAGAUCAAGAAGCUCAUUAUCGCCCAAUUCUUGACAUUGUUGAUGUGAAAGCCCGUGAUCGACUUGAUGGUCCAUUGCAUGUAGCGGCCUACCUCUUGAAUCCUUACUACACAUAUGCCAAUCCAAGCCUUGAAAAUGAUGAGGUGGUCAUGGAUGGAUUUUUUACUUGUGUUGAGAAAUUAUUUCCCAACAUCCAAACUCAAAAUUUGGUGAUAAAUAUAGAGUUGCAUAAGUAUUUGAAGAAAGAGGGUCUAUUUGGAAGAAAUGUGGCUAAGGAGGGAUGCAAGCAAAAUGAUGAUGCAUACGAUCCGGUUGGAUGGUGGAACCUUUAUGGAAACAAUGUGCAAACCUUGCAAAAAAUGGCAAAAAGGAUCCUUGCAUUGACCACAAGUUCAUCGGGAUGUGAAAGAAAUUGGAGUGCUUUGAGGGGAAUUCUUAACAAGAAGCGAAGAGAGAAAGAGAAGAAUGUGGAUGUACUAAUUGCUAGUGAAGCUACUAUGGCACAAGGAUGGAUUGUUGAUGGUGGUGAUGAUGAUGUUGUUUCGGAUCUUCCUAGUGAAAGGGUUGGAGAUGAAUCGAGAGUGGAUGGUGGCUUAGAGCCUAGGAGAGGUCCUAGAAUCCAAGAAAUUAGGGAACUUGAUGAGGAUGAUUUUAUAUCCGAUGAUGAAGAGGAAAUAGAUGACGUGAAUUUUGAUUUUGAGUCGGAUUCGGAGGGAGUACAAGAUGGAUAUGGAGAAGAAGAAUUUGAGGAGUACGGAUUAGAUUUAGAGAUAGGAUUUUUGCUCUACGGGCCUCCAGGAUGUGGCAAAACACUGAUCGCAAAGGCUGUUGCAAAUGAGGCAGGAGCUAAUUUCAUGUACAUCAAGGUGGAUGCUUUGACGACAAAGCGAGGCAGACAAGGGGGAUACGUUGUUGAGCGGCUAGUGAACCAGUUACUUGUAGAGUUAGAUGGUGGUGAUCAGCAGAAGGGUGUAUUUAUUGUUGGUUCCACCAAUAGGUAA